AUGGUGGGCGCUGACGCAAAAUGGCCGCCAAUGGAGGCGGAGCAGUCCACAAAAGAGCUGCCACAGCUUACCUUCAGUCACAUGGUGAAGAUGCUUGACUGGACAUAUCCAAUGAGAAGAGAGAUGCAGGAAAUUUUACCUGGGUUGUUCUUAGGCCCGUAUUCUUCAGCUAUGAAAAGCAAGCUACCUAUACUUCAGAAACAUGGGGUCACCCAUGUCAUAUGCAUACGGCAAAAUAUUGAAGCAAACUUUAUUAAACCAAACUUCCAGCAGCUAUUUAGGUAUUUAGUCUUGGAUAUUGCAGAUAAUCCCAUUGAAAAUAUAAUAAGAUUUUUCCCUAUGACUAAGGAGUUUAUUGAUGGCAGUUUACAAACUGGAGGGAAAGUUCUUGUCCAUGGGAACGCAGGGAUUUCCAGAAGCGCUGCCUUAGUUAUCGCAUAUAUUAUGGAAACGUUUGGGGUGAAGUACAGGGAUGCAUUCACGUACGUGCAAGAAAGACGGUUCUGUAUCAAUCCCAAUGCUGGAUUUGUUCAUCAACUUCAGGAAUACGAAGCCAUCUAUCUCGCCAAGCUCACCAUCCAGAUGAUGUCCCCUCGGCAGCUGGAACGCUCGCUGUCUGUCACCACAGGAAGUUUGAAACGGACCCAUGAAGAGGACGAAGAAGUCGGCAAUAUGCAAACAGCGGCACAGAAUGGUUGAUGCUGAGGGGGCCCAUGGAAUUGUGGGCUGGGGAUUUCUGUUCACGGCAGCAGCUAAUUUCAGCAGGUUGGACGGACGGACGGAUAUUUAAGGGGGGGAGGGAAGAGAGAGACACAAAGCCCGACUUCCUGAUGCAAACCUGCCCCUCCAGUAGCACACCAGGCAGGAUUUUAAGGUAUUGGACUCCUGGACUGACUAGAUGGCACUGAUUGUUUUACUCCUUUUUUUUUUUUUUUACACUUUAUAGUUUUACCCUAAACCAAGAACUUUUUG